ACGGGCUCGGCGCGGCGGGCUGGCGGUCGGGAGAAGAGGCGCGUCCCACCUGGGCCCGGGCGCCACCCGCCCAGAGCCACCCUCCCAGAGCCCGCCGGGCGCGCAGCCAGGGCGGCCGAGGGGCGGCGCGGAAGGGCGGAGGGCCGAGGGCGGGGGCUGCGGCUGUCGGAGGAGCGGGGGUUCCAGCCCCGGGCUCAGGCUGGGUCCGCUCGCAGGUGUCGCAGCAGCUCUGGCCAUGAGGACCCUGUGGAUGGUGCUGUGCGCGCUGGCGCGGCUGUGGCCCGGGGCCCUGGCUGGCUGCUCAGAGGCCGGGCGCUGCUGUCCUGGACGGGACCCAGCCUGCACUGCCCGCGGUUGGAGGCUGGACAGGGUCUAUGGAACGUGCUUCUGCGACCAAGCCUGCCUUCUCACCGGGGACUGCUGCUUCGACUACGCCAGGGCGUGCCCAGCUCGCCCUUGCUUUGUGGGAGAAUGGAGUCCGUGGAGUGGCUGUGCGGGUCACUGCCAGCCCACCACGCGUGUGCGCAGGCGCUCAGUGCAGCAGGAGCCAAUGAAUGGAGGGGCACCCUGCCCGCCCCUGGAAGAGAGAGCCGGCUGCCUGGAGUACUCCUCAUCGCAGGGCCAGGACUGCGGGCACUCCUUCGUUCCUGCCUUUAUAACUAGCUCUGCAUUCAACAAGAAGAGAGCAAUACAAGCCGCAUCUCCACAGUGGUCUACACACACCCAGGAUGCCAGAUACUGUAUAGAGUUCAAGACAGAGUCCCUGACUCCUCACUGUGGUCUGGACAACCGUCCUCUGACCCGAUGGAUGCACUAUCUCCGAGAGGGGUACACCGUGUGUGUGGACUGUCAGCCUCCAGCUAUGAACUCCGUGAGCUUGCGUUGUUCUGGAGAUGGUCUGGACUCUGAUGGAAAUCAGACUCUUCGCUGGCAAGCCAUUGGCAACCCUCGAUGUCAGGGAACUUGGAGAAAAGUGCGUCGAGUAGAACAGUGCUCUUGUCCAGAUGUGCACCGCUUCAUUUUUAUAUAGAGCACCUUGGAGCUACUCUAUACAGCAUGCUUGAGAGUGGGCCAAGUGUUGCUAAGCUGCAUUCAAUGCUUCAGAAGCCUCCAAACACUGCACCAAUCCCUGGGUACUUACCACUGCCACACUUUGUCAUUGAGAAAGAAAACUUUGGGCUAAUUCUCAAGGAUCACAGUCUCUCCAUUUUAUUUUUACUGAGUUAUGGAUCCCCUCAUUCUGAAAGCUCGUAUGGCCUCUGACCUUGACCUUACAUUUGGCCACACAAAUACAUGUCUGUUUGUACCAGAGUCAGGACCGUGGGCUCCGGGUUGGGAUAAAUUGUUGCUUAAGGGCAUUUAUGUAUUCUUUCUCAUUCUCUCUUUUAAAGUCAGAGUCUCACCAUGUAGCUUGGAACUCCCUAUGUAGACCAGGCUGGCCUCUAAUUCAUAGCUAUCCCACUGCCUCUGCCUCUUGCAUGCUGGGACUGAAGGUGUGUGCCACCAUGCACAUGCACUGCUCUUCUUUGUCUCUAUUCUUCAGGGGGUGGGACUGAAACAGGGUUUCUCUGUGAGCCUUUCUUGUCCUGGAACUUGCUCUAUAGACCAGGCUGGCCUCAAACUUAAGAGAUCUGUGUACCUCUGCCCCUUGAGUGCUGGAAUUCAAGGCAUGCACCACCUAUUCUUAAAGCUUCUCACUCAAAUAUAUGGAUGAACUUACACACAUAAAAUUCCUAUAUAUUACCUUAAAAGUUCUGAACUAAUUUCAAGUAAACUAUCACAAAUAAUUUUCUACAGGGAAAGUUGUUAAAAUUUCAGUAGGUGUUUUGUAAUGAAAAGCCAAAUACCCAUGCUAAAAAACAUUUUAUUAUUAUUAUUUUUUUUAUUUUAAUCACAGGUCAUUCACUUGUAUCCCAGCCGUAGCCACCUCCCUCUUUCCCUCCCACUCCCACCCUCCCUCCCUCAUCUCCUCCCUGCCCCCUUCCAAGUCCACUUCUAGGGGAGGUCCUCCUCCCCUUCCCUCUGACCCUAGCUUAUCAGGUAUCUUCAGGCCUGGCUGCAAUAUACUUAUCUGUGGCCUAGCAAGGCUGCUCCUCCCUUGGGGGGGUUGGGGAGGAGGGGAAGCUCAAUGAGCCAGUCAUGAGUUCAUGUCAGAAAUAAUUAUUGUCCCUCUUACUAGGGAACCCACUUGGGUACUGAGCUACCAUGGGCUACAUCCGAGCAGGGGUUUUAGGUUAUAUCCAUACAUGGUCCUUGGUUGGAGAAACAGUCUCAUAGAAGACCUCUGUGCCCUGAUAUAUUUGGUUCUUGUGGGGCUCCUGUCCCCUCUAGAUCAUACUAACUCCCCCUUCUUUCAUAUCAUUCCCUGCACUCUGCCGAAAGUUUGGUUAUGAGUUUCAGCAUCUGCUUUGAUAUACUGUUAGGUAGAGUCUUUCAGAUGCCCUCUGAGGUAUCCUCUCCUAUUACUUGGCUAAAAAACAUUUUUAAAGAAGAAAUUUUCUUUGGUUAGCUGAAAAGAUCAAAUAUCGAUGCUAGAUCAAUAGGCAUUCCUCAGUGUUAAAAUUUUAAGAAAAUUUGGCACAAAUGAAUGUGUUAAAUGCUUUAAUUACAAGCAGUCUAUCAUCAUUCAUAUCUAAGAUAGUUUCCAAAGUUUAGUGCCUGAAGCAGAAUAAGACAGUCUUUUAAUGUCUGUCUUCACUUUUAGUUGGAGUUUGCUUACUAGUUUUCUUUCUACAGCUCAUGUUUGGGGUGAGAUGGAGAGGCACAGAUGUAGGUAGGAGGCACGGAUUUUCCUGCAAAUGUUACGAUCGCAUACAUGGGCAAUCAAAUAUUGGUUUUACACUGGUUGGAAGAUGCUCACAGACUGAGGAUGGCAAACUGUUCUGGAGCCUGGCCCCACUUCCUCAUAUGGGACUUUACUUCAGUGAAGAUCAUCAUGAGUGUGCCUAAGACUCCAUUACAGGACCUCAACCCUGUUUUAUUUUGAAGCAGGUUAUAAACUGACAAUAUUUUAUUUGAAGAGUUGAAGCAAUAUUUAAAUGGCAUAUUUCCUUUGAUCUGAAUUGAAUUACAUAAUUUAAUAUAGUUAACUGAAGUACAUUUCUUUUGGGGGGGACAUCACGUAACAACAAAAGGCCAACAGCAAGCUUAAAGGGGUGGCAAAUGUCUCGGAUAAUAUUUCUGAUUAUAUUUUCAUUUAACUGCUAAAGGUGUUUUAAUGGAAAAUUAAUUUCAAUAAAUCUUGAAUUUGGGGGCUGGAGAGAUGGCUCAGCAGUUAAAAGUAUGCUCAUUACUCUUACAGAGGACCAGAGUUGGUUCCCAGCACCCAUGGGGAUGGCUCACAACCACCUGCAGUUCAGGAUGUUUGGCUGGGCACUCUGAGACAUAAGCAACAGUUAAUUGUAUUGGAAGAGGCAAGCAACUUUUAGGUGAGAGAGUAGCUCACUUCUCUUCCUUCCCAAAUAAAUUAAGUGGAUAACUCAGGUGAGAAGGAGGCAGUCUCAACUCACUGACUUUAAAUAUAUCUUUUUUUCCCUGAGACAAGGUCUCAUGUAAUUCAAACUGGCCCCAAACACACUGUUUAGUUGAGGACAGCCUUGAGUUUCUGAUUUCUCCGCCUCCAUCUCUUGGGUGCUAGGAUCACAGGUGUGCACCAUUACUCUAGUUUUUGGUACUGAAGAGUGAGCCUAGGACAUUAUGCAUGCUAAGAAAGCACUCCAGCAAUUGGAGCUCCUGUUCUGAAGAUCAAAAUUUAUUGACGGAUCAACAAGAGCUGAUUGAGGUAGAAGGAACUUCAUUCUAUGUCAUUUAAAGCAGAUGAAACCAGCAAUGGGACCUUUCUUCUGAAAGGCAGGUCUCUCUCAGUGUAGACUGACUUUCUGAAGAUCCCUUGCUUGCUGAGAGAAAGCUAGGUCACUUAGAGAGAAACAAAGUUCCUUGAGGAGGCAGACUCUGUUCAGCUCAGCAAGUAUUUAAAACCUUAUAGAACAAAACCUCUUAGCUCUGAGAGAAAACAAAUUUGAACAGCUUUCUGUUCCAGCUGUCACUGAUUACGCCUGAAGGCAAGGCUCAGCCUUUCUGACAUGCUUGAGAAGCACUUGUUUACUAAAAGGUUCCUCUUCUUCACAGAGGGAAUUUUUAAAGAGACAGGAAUUAGAAGACAGAAACAUAAGGAAGCCAGAGGAUCAGAGAGAUCCAUCAUCAGAGUAUAAUGAGAGUUCUUUAAGGCCCACUGAUGGCCUGGCUCAUUAAUUUUCUUCAAGGAGAUUAUUACACCAGACACAAAACGGAAGCCAAGAACAUCAAAACACAGAAGAACCCAAAGUAUUCUUGACAUAAAAAUCUGGUUCAUGUGUAUACGACCAGUAAUUAGAACAGUUUGUGACAAUUUAUAAUGCAACAUUUGGAGCUGAAUUCAAAAAGGAAAUGUUUUUCAAACUGAAGUUCUAUAUCUAAUGAAUUAUUCACCACAUACAAGGAAAAAACAACGGUAUGUUUUAGACAGGUAAAGCAUGGGAAUCUACUCUGUGCUUCCUUUCUGGGAGGGCUGGGGAGGGGUUGGUGGUUCACCUAGACAGAAAAGGACUGUAAACCAAAGACUACCCAGAGAAUAGGGAGCAUGCUCAGGAGAGACAAAUCAAUCGCAGGGCAGAGAGAAAGCUCAGACCAAGCUAGCCAUAGGGGAAGAACCUGACUACCUGAAGGCAGGACAAGGCGGCAAUGCAGUGACAGAAGGCCCAUCCCAUGGUAACAAGUUUGGAAAUUUUCAGUUUGACUAGCAGAACUGGAGAUGUGGAAAUUGCAGAUACGUAGAAACUAUGAAAUUUAUGUGUAAACAGCUACAGAAUUACAAUGAUAUAAACAUUAUUUUCCAUCAUUAUACAAACUAAUGAAAAUCAUGGCUAUUAGCAUAGACAUGACAAAUUCUGAACAACGGCAACACACAGGUGUGGUGAGGAGUGCAGGCGGGUGUGUGUGUGUGUGAGGAUGGCAGUUGGGGCUGGAGCAGUGUGCAAGAGAACUAACAACUUGUUUCUAUGGUGAGAGGUCAAUUAGAAAAAAUAGCAAAGAAACACAAGCAUAUUUUUAAAAAGAAAUAUUAAAAUACCUGAGAAAAAAAGUGAGAAGUGUUGAGAAGAGCCACAAGUAGGGAACACUGAAAGUUGGUGGAAGGGAUCUUUACAGUAAGCCACGGGGAGCAAUUCUAAUUUAAAAUUGUCAAGGUGCAUUACUAAGCUUCAGAAAGAAACUGCAAAUAAAAAUAUCAAAACAUGGCACAAGCUCAAUACAGCAUGAUUUUGAGCUACCAAGAAUGAGGUGAUGAGCAAAGGAGAAUAUACAACUUACCUUGCUAGUUGUAUUGGUCUCAUUUUUCUGUUCCCAUCACAAACACCUAAGACAACUAAUAGAGAAGAAUUGUGUUGACUCAGGGUUUUUGAAAUCUCAAGCCCUUGAGUCUAUAGAUCCUGGGCCUGUGGGAAGGCAGAGCAUCCUGCCGACGACUGUGUGUCAGAGGCUGCUCAACUGAAGGAACCGGGAGCAGAGGGAGGGAGGGGCCAGGAAUCAGCUAUAACCUUCAAAGGCUCAGUCCCAGGAGCCUGGUUCUUUCCUCCAGUUAAGCCUCACUUCCAAAUAUCUACCCCUCCCAGAUACCACUGUCUUCUGGGGAACUAAGCAUUGAAAAUAUGAACCUGUGGGGAAAAUUCAGUCAAAAUAUAUCACUCUUCUCUUUGCUGUGACCAAGUACAUGACUGGAAGCAGUUUAAGUGAGGAAGGGUUUUGGCAUAUAGAAUAAGAAUGAUGGUGGGGAGGGCUAAGUCAGGCUAUAAAAUCUCAAAUCCUGCUAUUAGUAACACACUUUGUCCAGCGAGGCUCUACCUUCUAACAAUUUCAUAACCUCCCAAACCAUCAUCCCCAGCUGGAGAUCAAGAGUUCAAACACAUGAGCCUUCUGGGGACAUUUCAGACUGAAACUAUAGCAACAUCAGAAUGCUUUUCCUGAAUUUUAUCAGCUUUGUGACAUGGGCUGGGAAGAGACAUUUAAUUCCAGCUACUGGGAAAUCUGAGGCAGAAGGAUAACAAGUUCAAGGCCUGUCUUGACUACAGAGAACCUUAUGACACAUUACAUUUGAGUGACUUAACCAUAACUCUGGGAUCUACUUUAAGAAAUACAUGAUCAUAACAGGUUUGUUUUAAACCUUUUACUUUCAAUUUUUAAUUGCAAUCUGUAUGUUUAUGUACAUGUGAGCGCAGGUGGCAGCAGAAGCCAGAGGCAACAGACCCCUUACAGCUGGAGUUACAGGAGGUUUUAAGCUGCUGGAUGUGGGGGCUGGGAAUUGAACUCAGGUCUUCUGCAAGAACAGUAUGUUUUUAACCCCUGAGCCAUCUCUCCAGCUCCAUUUUUUUUUUAACUAAAAAGAUUUAUUUUAUUCUAUAUGUACAGUUGUUUAGCCUGUAUGUUUGUCUUUACCAAGUGUGUGCAGUGGCCACAAACAUCAGAAGAUGGUCAGAUCCCUUUGAACUGGAGUUACAGAUGGUAGUUAGCCACCAUAUGGGUCCUGGAAAUUGAAUCUGGGUCCUCUGGGAAAAAAAGCUAGUGCUUCUAACUAUUGAUCCACCUCUCUAUCCCUUGUUUGUUUUCUGAGGUAUUUGAGGCCAUUGUAGUACAUUGUGUCAGCCUCCUAAGCAAUCAGGUUAUAAGGAGAGCAAACAUUUUGGUUUCUGGGUAGUUUUGUUUUAGAAUCAAGCUAUAUGUAAAGCACCAAAUACUUAAUUAUGUUGGGGUUUGGUCUAGUGCUAUGUAUUCCAACGCUGAUUACUGGCCACCAAGAUCUUGUUGCAGUUGAGAUGAGUACAUCCUCAUGUACACCAGUCUUUGUUGUGUAAACUUUACUCUACCCAAUUCAAAGUAAUUGGUUAAUAAAGUUGCUGAAGGCUGUGAUUGGGCAGAAGAGAAGUAGGUGGAGCAUGGACCUUAGGUUUCCCAGCAUGGGGUGAGAUGGGGACCACGAUGAGCGAGAGGGAUAGAGAGGGAGACAGAGAGAAAGGCUGAGGGAGGAGAGGAAGGGGGAAAAGAGAGAGGAAGAGCUGGAGGAAGUGCUUGCCACUGGAUAGAAUGGACUAGGAACACAUGGUCAAGGGAACUGUGCCCUGAGGACAGACUGGUGGAGCAGAAGCUACUCGGGAGUCAUCAGAUUGGCAAGCAUUUAUAUGGGUUUUAAAGGCAGUAGGAUUAGAAUAGAACAGAAUCUGCCCAGCAUAGUGCCUACAGCUUAAUAAUAAUCAUAGUCUCUCUGUGUGAAUUAUUGGGGAACUAGCUGGUUAAGGAAAACUGCCGCCAUAUUAUUUCCCUGCAUACAUUAUUAAUACCAAUUUACACAAUUAAUAAAGAAAUAAAGGAAGAAUUAAUCGAAUAAGGCCAAGGAGUAAAGGGAGGUGAAGAGUCACGUAGGAGCUGGAUGCAUCAUCAUGUGAGGGAGUUGUGAUAAGGAAGACUGGCAGACUCAAAAUGGGCCUUGUCAUUCCGGAGUCUUAUAGGCAUGAACCAAUGGGAGUUUUAAGAGGCUUGGGGAAGCUGACCUAUGGUCUUACUUUUAGGCUCCUGCUGUGCUUUGCACAUGUAUAGCAUGUGAUGUUGUCAAAGUUUCAGAGUUCUGCUCCCUAGGACUAAAAGUGUUAAACAUACAUGAAACCUACUUCCUAUUCAAAAUUCCAAGUUGAUAACAGAUAAAUUUUCCCCAAAAUUACUCAUCAUAGGAUGCUAUUUAGUUGUGAAAUUUUUAGAGCACUAGGUAAAAUAAUGGCAAUUUAGAUUUGGUGAUUUAUGAAUUAUGUUUAGAGUGAGGUUAACUUUUAUGUCUAUUUUGAACUAAUCAUCAGCAAAC